AUGUCAUCCAAACUUCACGUCUUGAACUCUUCGGAGGAGGCCGGUCGUUCCGGCGCGCGCCGCCCACCUGGUCCGUUGGCGCUCGAGCUGCAGAAGACAAUGUUGAGACUGAAGGGUCAGUACAUGUCAGAGGACGGGCGGGAGGUCCACUAUCACCAGCUGAGGUCCAGUGGACUGUUUCAGGACUACGAGGGUGUAGCCAGACAACUGUGCGAUUGCGAUCUGACUGAGCUUGACGACAAUGAGAAAAAAGCGUUUUUUGUCAAUGUGUACAAUGCACUAACGGUGCACGGUCUGGCAAGAGCAGACCCUCUCCCAGCAUCUGUCCUGGAGCUGGACAGAUUCUGGGCCCUCACUGCCUACAAUAUAGGAGGUCACCUCUUCUCCCUGGACGACAUUGAGCACGGUGUCCUGAGAGGAAACAGGCCGCAUCCGAUGGCAGAUAAACCACCGUUUUCCGAGGACGAUCCUCGGAGACAGUUUGCCCUUAAAUCCUGCGAUGCCCGGAUACACUUUGCCCUCGUCUGUGGAGCAAAGUCGUGUCCAGCGAUACAGGUCUACUCUAGCUCCAACAUUGAGCAGGCUCUCACGACUGCUGCGGAGAGUUUCUGCUCCCAGGAGGUGGCGGUGGACGAGGGCAGGAGAACUGUCACCACCAGCAAGAUAUUCCACUGGUAUGCCUCCGACUUUGGCUCCUCGGAGAGACAGCUUCUGCAGUGGUUGUGUGGCUACCUGCCAGAGGAGACCCGAUCUCAGCUGGAGAGACUCCUGGACUCCGCCCACCCCAUCACCCUGACCUCCAGGGACUACAAUUGGCAACUCAACUCUGAUAGUAGGAGCGCUCUCUAGAGCCACCCCUCAACCCCAGUGCCCCCGUAAUUAUCACUGUCAGAAUUGUACUCCCGUUAUAUAGCAGGUCAUUACUUUCUGGUUACUAUUGUCUAUUUGUGUAGUUGAAGAAAUUAGCUAUUAGCCUGUGUGAUUUUAUAGAAGCGUGCAUAUUAUUAUUAGUGUAUAUAAUUAUAAUAUACCACCUUUGCAAAAUCACCAUACUUUCCACAUGUCGUUUGUGUAUAUAUUAUCGUGUGUACUUGUCAAAUGUGG